ACGACAUUGAAAAUUGUUUACAUUUUUUUCAAAAAUUGAAGUAACGAUUGGUGUCUUUCGCAAUUUAUGCGAAUUUUCUCAUUAAAAUUCACACAAUUUGCAUCAAAAGUGCUCGUGUAUUGUUUCUCCGGUAGUGCAGGUGGCUAUUGAAGUGGAGAAAAGUGUGGAGAACUUAUGGAAACGCCAGAGGAGCCCUGAUUUAGCAUUAGUCUGUUGCGCAAUUUGCAAGUAAUAUCGCGAGGGAACGUGGUGGGGAAGUGUCUUUGCGAGAUUGGAAUCCCUCAAGCACCACCCAGAUUAGUGACAGUGGACUGGACUCAUUAGAGGAGCAGAUAAGUCCGACAGAAUCUCUAAUAUCGCAGGACACACUUGACUAUAUCUUUCAAGGAUUUGACACGUCAGGAAGGAGAGAUUUUACGGCUGAUAGUGACGUACAAUCUUUGGGAUCAGACAAAAAUCGAGAAGAAGGACCUGAGAAAAGUCUUUCCGGGUCCACUUCGAGUCUGAGGGAUUCUUCCAAGAGUCUAUUUCAACGUUUAGGUGCCCUGUAUUCGGAUAAUCAAUUGCUCUCGUCACCUAUUCAUCGAACUGAAGGGAGAUUCUAUGAAGAAAUGAACAUUCAAACAUCCACGCAUUCCGCAAUUCGCCUGGACAAAUUAUCAGCCCUGGCUGAUUCUAUCAGUAAUUGGGAGGAUGAAGUGCCUCUGUCCAGUGCCGGGAAUAGCGUCAGGAGAGAGCCUCAGAUCGUGAAGAUUACUCCAAAGAAGAAUCCUGCUCCUCCACCGCCUCAAAAAUCCACUAAUCCUGUCCAGGACGAUAAGGAUUUCGUAAGGAGGCCCUCUGUGAAGAAAUUCCGAGCCCCAGACAUCCCAAAACUCCCUCCCCGAAAUCCGGAUGAGAAGAAAGAAAAUGUUCCCGUGGCUGUGACAUCUCCCACUAAAAGUUCCAAGGAUCCUGCAGAGAUGAGCCUAAAGGAGCGUUUAGCUCUCUUUGAAAAAAAUCGAAUUGCCUCAAAACGCCCAGAAAUCCCAUCCGGAAAGCCUCCACUGCCCAAAAAACCCGACAAUAUCUCAUCUGGAGGAAUCAGGGACAAGAUUGCUACGCUCUUCUCCUCGAGUGCCUCAAGCAGUUCCAGUCAGGAAAAAGGGAGACAAGUAAAUGUGGAAAACAUCCUCAAUCGCCAAGUUAUAAGAAAAUCUUCGACUGACAACUCAACAGAUCCCAUCCUUAGGCCACUUCUGCCCCCUCCAGCUCCUCCAGGCGUAUCCUCUCCCGGAAAGCGCAAAAGCGGUGAAUUGGAGUCAAUUGAAAUGGUGCCAAUUGUAGAGGAGCCCAAGAGACCCAAACCAAGUCAACCAGUCAACUCUGUAGCCCUCCAAGUAAGCCAAUUGGACAGCGAAAGGCAGAAUACCGCUCCGGAAAGGCCACAGAUGUACCCCAGGAGAGCCAUUUCUUAUGACGAAGAUAGCAGUUUCGAGAAAUCAGAAGAAGUUCCAUUUUCUGUCCAGAAAGCAUCCAAUGAGAAGAGUUUGGCACAAAAUGUGCUUAAAUCUCUUCUCAAUAAUGCAAAAGGAUUGGAUGUGAAUGACUCUGUUGGGAGUUUGAGUGAUGUUUCAGGACAUCUUGAGGAAAUGGAGGAAGGUUUGGAGGAUGUCCUCGAUGUAUCCAUCAAUUCCAGUGAAGAUGAAGGCCAAGACAAAGGAUCAAUCUCAUCGAGUAGUUUUCUCUAUCAACGAAGUCCAGUGAAACCAGUUAUUUCUGCAAUUAGGGAAGAGAGAUACGAUGAGGAUUCCAGUGAUGGGGAGACUAGAGACUCUCCUCUUUUGCACAGCGUGAGUUUUUACCGGAAGCAGCAGAGUAGUCAAUCGACGUGCCAUAAAACGAUUUUGCCACAGAAGAUUUUAGAAUUUGAUGAUUCUCAGGAGAUCAGGGAAGAAAUCUCUGGGAUUAUUGACAGUGAAAUCAGUGAAAAGCAAUUGCAAGAGAAGAGAAAGAAGUUGAAUGAUGAGAUUCACAAGCAACAGCAAAUAAUCUCUCAGACAAGUCAAGCAUUGAAUUUGUGUGCAGCCACUGUGGAGUUUUCAGGAUCAACUGAGGCUGUGGAAGGGGAGCGUCAUCUCCUUGUGGCCACCCAUCGCCGACUGGCCGCCCUCAAUGAACUACAGAGAAUGAACGUGGAGAAGAGCCUCUGCCCAAAAGAUGCUCCACCGGAAAGAGGAUCCCUAACAAUCACGGGCAUUACAAUUCCUCUAGCUCAAGGAUAUGUCCGUCAAAUGGCAACAGACACCAUUCCUGGACAUCAUUUACUUUGUCUCCUAAAGUACAAUGAACAUAUCCUAGCCACUCAGACCAUUGUAACCCUUCCCGGACUAGUUGCUGUCAAAUUCACCGAUGAAUUGAAUUUACCUGAAGUUUAUGCAGACUUUAGAGUUACCUUGGAGAUCUACGGAAUGGUAGCUCAUCGAGAAGUGCUUCCUCAUGAACUCAAGUAUCACAUCUUGGGCAAAAAACUCCAGCAAAGUGCGAAGAAAUUCAUGGGAGGAACCCCAAUAAAACGCCUCCGGAAACCAAUUGUGGAAUCCCCUGCUGGUCCAUCUGCCGUCAGAUCUCCAGCUUUCACACUCUACGGUCAUAUUGUGUUCUCCCUGAGGGAAUCCCAGAGAAAUUCCUCAUGGAUGAUCAAUCGAUCGUCCAUAGGUCCGGAUCCUCUCGAGGGAGUAGUUCAUAUGAGAGUGACUUGUCGCCUAAAAAACACCGUGGAAUUCCGAGGAUUUCUCACCAUGUUUGACGAUGUCUCCGGAUUUGGAGCAUGGCAUCGAAGAUGGUGCCACCUUCAAGGCACAACCCUCAAUUACUGGAAGUACCCAGAUGAUGAGACAAAGAGAACACCUAUUGGUAGCAUUGACCUGCAGCAAUGCAAAUCUACAAAGAUUGGACCUGUUCCAAGGGAUAUUUGUGCCAGACUUAAUACGAUUAUGCUAGAGGUGGAAAGACCCAGUCAAGAGAGUGACAAAGAAUCUCUGGUACUCGUCCGAUGUGGGAGUAAAACAAUUCAUAGACAUUUACUAUCUACCGAUACAAAGGGUGAUCGUGAGGAAUGGUGCAAGAAUCUCAAUCACGUUCUCAGGCUGAUAAAAUGUUGGGGUACAACUGAUUAAUUCUAUUUUUUGGAAGAUCAUUUUCUUAUAUCUAAUCACACAAAUUAUCUAUAAAAAUUUUUGCUAUUUUUCCAACGUACUUUUACCAGAUAGAAAUGCAAUUGAGCUUCUUCAGUGAUAAAAGAGUUUUAUUGAUAAAUAAACUUGAUAAGGAUCUAUCUUUUGUCGUAUAUAAAAGAGCUCCGGAUUGUAAAAUUAA